AUGGAAACGAGCUCUACGGAUGAACAAGCUGCUUUGCAGAGACAUUACUUGAAAAAGGAACUUCUUUCUCUUUUGGUUGAGGAGGAAUUGGCAUUUAUUGGGGACUCAUCGAAUCUCGUUCAUUUGGGAACCCCUUUUAUGAAUAAGGAUGAACCUCCCAUUCCUUUUGAUGACUCCAAAAUACCUAUUUUAAGAUUUAUUUUUAAAAAAUUUGUACUUACCUUUCCUUUCCUGGACCCGGCAUGCCAAACACAACUGUGGAAUGUGAGCUUUCGUAAUUUUUUGAGCGCUAUGUACGAAAAUAGCGUUUCUGUACUGCCCGAUGACCCAGAUGCAACUUACAUGCACAAAAUGGAAAUGAAGUUCCACGGUAUGCUUACGCUUCUCAUGAGUCGAGCUAUUUCUUGUAUUCAAGGAGAGAAAAGCAUUGGUCAUGACCGGAUUGAUAUGUUGAGUAUAAAGAAACAGUUGUCGCAAACCAGUAUAGAAAACAAAAAGCAAGAUCUCUUAAUAGCUGUAGUUGCUGGUGUCCGCGAACUUUCAUAUUCAACGUAUCUGAGAAAUAAGAAAACUUAUGAAUACAUUCUUAAAGUGCAGGAUGAGGAAUCUCUUAUAUAUGUGGCACGCAGAUAUUCUGAUUUCACUAAACUGCACCAUACUUUAGUGAAAAAGUUCCCGAGUGCUAUUAUUCCGCGUCUACCAGCUAAAGAUUUACAUGACACGCAUCUUCAUGAUGGAUCAAAAUUCGCAUCUUUAGACACUACCCAAACGCCUUCUAGUAUUGGAUCUACUAAAGAAAAUUUUAGCCUGACUUUGCAACAAGAAAGAAUGAGAAUUGGAUUGAAUUAUUACGUAAACCACGUUCUCCAACAAGACGAACUUCGAAAUAGUCCCGAAGUAGACACGUUUUUUCAUUCUAAUCCUUUUACACCCAAUGAAAAUGUACAAAAAGACAUACUUCUCCGCCAAGAGCUAGAUCUUAUCCGUACCAAAGAAAGGAAGAAAUUUAUAGAAAUCGCUUCUGAGCGCGCAAAAGCCCUCGAUAAAUAUAUGGACGAAUUUAAGCGAUCACUUAUGGAAUCCGGGGGAUUAACUAGUUUAUUUACAGAGCUAAAAGAAAAGGAUAGCAUAAAAGACUUGUCUCCAACUUUACAACAAACCUUGGAAUGGGUUCGUGUAAAUUUAGCUUCUACCAUUUAUGAUGUAUUUAUAGCCAAAGAGAAGUCCAGCGUCACCUUUUCCCAGAUUAAGCGCAUGCAUUCAAUUUUUCCCUAUGGAGUAAUUAAAAAUAUCAUGCGUUUCUCAAAUCCACUUUCCGUCAUGAAACGUAUUUUAGACACCCUCUUGGCUCAACCUUUUGGAAUGAAGUCUCUCUUUCAACGUCUAUUGAGUUUGAGUCUGAACGAUAAUGUGCGUGCUAUUCACAAGUUGAUUAGCAAAUAUCAAAGUCAAGUAAACAAUGCAGAAGUUUUGCAAAAAAUUCAGCAACAAGCUGAGAAUCCCUGCAAAGAAGCUCAAGAAAUUAUACGGAGAAAUGAAAUGUCUCCUCAGGAUUAUUUGCUAUACAUUCUCGUUUCUGAUGAGGUACCUCCUAGGCUUUCUGAAGAAUCAAUCAGGCAAGUAAUUAUGGACGGAAGUGCCUGGAAAGAAGCCAUGGAUUCAGAAGUAUAUCCCGAGGAUAAGACGAUUCAUGAACGAGCCAAAAGAUUCGGAUUCACCUUAAAGUUGAUGCACCUGUAUGCCAAGCAGUUCAACAAAAAGCGUUCUAUUUCCUUGAUUUCUGAAGGCUCCACCGGAGAAAUGAUGAAAACUAUUGUAGUAAUUUUCUACAAACCUUUGAUGAAGGUGUAUAAAGCAGCAAAUGUUUAUACCUCCGUGGGUGAUUUUGAAGCUUUUAUGGAGGAUAUGCUACGACUUGUGGAAGAUACACAGGAAAAUCCAGAAGUGAAUCCGACUACACUCGUAGAACAUUACAUUGAUUUGGUCAAGAGACACGAAGACGCAUUUUAUAACUUUGUACACCGGGUAUAUCUGCAUGACAGUGGAUUGUUCAGCUCUCUUAUGGAAUGGAUCGAAAGUAUUAUUUCAUUUUUGCAUUAUGGCUCAGCGUAUCCAAUAGACAUGGAUAACAUGAUUACGGGGCUGAGUCCAGAGGAAACCGAUUUGUUAUCCCAAGAAUUGAAAGAACUUGUAGAAUGGAAUCACAGAAAAAAAAGUUUCUUGUUUCGGAAGAAUACAACAAAGUAUGCGUCUGGUGAUGAGUCUACGAUUCCGGCUGUAAAUAUGGAUGAGCUUGGACUUGAUGAGGAAAUUUUAGCUGAGCUACGAGGGGAUGGCGAUGAGGAAGAAGAGUAUAAUAACAGCGAUAUAGAGCAGAAUGAGGACAGGAUGAACGAAAGUUUUGAAUAUGAUCCCAUAAUGGAUGAACGGCAACGACAAAAACGAAAGGCAAACCGAUCGAUUGAUGGCGUUCCAGCGAAGCCGGAAUUCAAAAUCAUUUCGAAAUUACUUCCUACGUUUCGUGAUCGUAUUUAUCCCAUUCUAGCUCGUUUUGCGAAUGAAAGCUCUGCUUAA